GCCCGGCCGGGGCUGCCCCUCGCCGCCGCGCGACGCCCCGCCGCCCCGCCCGCUCCUGCGCUCAGUGUCGCCUCGCCACCGCCCCAGGGGCCUGCACGGCGAGCAGGGGCGCGCGGCCGGGGCUAUGAGGAGAGCGCGGGGGAGGAGGGGCGGCCGCAACCACAUCCGGGACCUCGCGCCGCCCCGCCCCGCCCCGCCCCGCCCCCCCUUCCCCACGCUCGCUUGCUGUCCAUUGGCUCGCCGCGCAGGCCUUCCUUUAAAUAUGGCCGCGCCGCUGGCCCGGGGGCGGUCCGUGCCCUGCGCCUGCGCAAUGAGCUCCCUCGGCCCGGACGGGCUUUCCCCGGCGGUCCUCGCCGCCCCUCCCCUCAGCCGGCUCCCGGCGGGCCCCACGCGGGUGGGAGCACGAGACCGGGGAGGGCGGGCCAGGCGAGGGUGGGAAUCGGGAGGGCGGAGCGCGUGCGCCGGCCUCGCCCAGCCGAGCCCGCCCCGCAGCCUCAGUUUCCCGUCUGCAGAAGAGUGCCUGGCCGGCUGUCCCUGUCCUGGGCCGGAGGCCGCUGGCCGGAAGCCGCCCCGGGCCGAGGAGCGCCUGCUCGCGGGGCCUGUGGGGCCGUUCCGCGGCCCCUAAAACAGAUGCCCGGCGGCCCCCGGGCCUCAGAGCCCCGCCCGGCCGCCUGCCCGCUGCCCCGGCUCCCGCGCGGAGGCCCAGGUGACCUCCGCGUGCUCAGACCCGCGCUGCGUGUUCCGCUCGGGCAGGGCUGGCAGAGCAGGCACGCGCCUGCCCUUUGUCUCCCUCGCCCUCUUGACCGGGCAUCUCAGGUCAGGGACCAAGAUUGGCUGGGUCCUAGAAAAACUUGGUGGGUCGUGUACAACCUUUUAUAAAAAUGAAACAGAUUAAGAUAGAAAAUAUCUGAGGGCUUUCCACGUAUUUACCCUGUGAAACAUUUUACCUACCGAAGGGUAUAUUUAAGGCUCUGCGUGUGUGUAUAUAUGUAUUUUUUUUUUAAUCGGGUAUGUGGUCAAGACGUAAAAUGUGUUUCUUACUGUAAAUGCCAGACAAAAAAGUGAAAGCCACUGCAGAGAGAACUUACCCACCAUGCAAAACAGGCGUUCUGGUUCCUGCCGGUCCUGCAGAGGAGGAAGAGCCUGUGCGUUGGCAGGCCAGUGGCAGGCUGGGCAGACUCCUGCCCUUAGUGAAACCCCCGGUUCCACCAGCACCCAGCAACAUCCAGUAAGAGAACAAUACUGGGUUUGAGAAAAAGGAGCAGGAAAGAAGCAGAAAAGAUGGGAAGGUCUUUCAAGUCUGUCUGCCAAGGUUUAUCUGUACCGUUCAGGACUGCUCUUCGGCUCCUGGAGAACGGUGCUGGGGAGAGCAGGACAGCACAGCCUUUGAAUUAGCCCAACACCGCUGAAAGGCACUCCAGGAACGAGGACAUUCUGCCCCUAGAAGUGACAUGGGCUGUCCCUUAGCACAGCACAACCUUCCCCAGGGGCGCAGCUGUCUCCAGUCGGUGCCGCCCUGUGUCUCCCGGGCACCUCGGUAAUCAUCUGACCUGCUGGUCCCCCAGUGAAGCCGAGGUCCUCUUCCCCCCACUUUCCAUGUGACUUUCCCAAACCUGGUUUCUGAGCUACCAGAC